CUGAAAUGAAGUGUAUACUCUGCCUACUACAAUAAACAAAAACAAAAAACCGUUGCAUUAGAUAUUCCUUUCACUGUGUAUAAGUUGUGUACGAAUUUUAUACAAAUUGUUUAUAAUGGCUGAAAAGAAAAAGUCUGCUUUGUUUGUUUGCUUAGGUAACAUUUGUCGUUCACCUAUGGCUGAAGCAGUAUUUGCUCAUUUUGUUAAGGAGAGAGGUUUAUCAGACAGUUGGCUAAUUGACAGUGCUGCUACAGCUGAUUAUCAUACUGGGAAAAAUCCAGACAAAAGAGCUCGGAGUAUUAUGGAUAGGCAUUCUAUUGAAAUGAAUCAUAGAGCACGACCUCUCACUGCAGAUGAUUAUAAGAAUUUUGACUAUAUUUUUGGUAUGGAUGAAAACAAUAUACGGGACAUAAAGCGCAUGGCUCCAAAGAACAGUACUGCAAAAAUUGAGUUGCUGGGUGACUAUGACCCAGAAGGUCCUUGCAUUAUUCGUGAUCCAUACUAUGAUGAUGGAGAUGAAGGAUUUGAAGAAGUCUAUCAGCAAUGUAUACGCUGUUGUAAAGCAUUUCUUGAUAAAGAAUCCUGAUUUUGUGAUUA